AUGAAAAACAUAGAUUCCAUCAAAGGUUGCAGAAUAGAUGAAAACCACUUCGACUUAGAAAAAUAUAGCACAUUCUAUUGCAAACAAGAUGUAAGAAUUUUAAGAGAAGGUUUUGUUAAGUUCCGCAAUGACAUAUUAAAAGAAUUUGAUUUAAACGUUUAUGACUACGUUAGUAUUUGUUCUAUUGCUAACAAAUUGUUUGAGAACAGAGUGUACUUCCCGAAUGGAAAUCUUUAUGACCUCUCAAAUAAACCAAGAGAAUUUAUUUCGAGAUGCAUUCAAGGUGGAAGAUGUAUGUUGUCAGAUAACAUUAAACAAAAGAGCAAAAAGAAACUCAUUGCUGACUUCGACGCUGUUUCAUUAUAUCCAUCAGCAAUUGCAAGACUUUAUACUUUAGAAGGAAUUCCAAAAGUAUUGAAGGAUGAGAUGUUAAGCACAGAGUAUCUCAUGAGACAUUUAUUCGAUGACGACCAAAAGGAACCCGUUGGUGAAAAGUUUAUGUCAGGCUUCUUUGUUCUCAUUAAGAUAACAGAGAUUGGUAUACCCAGAAACUUUCCUUUAAUAGUUUGCGACCCUGAACUAAAUCCAGAGCUUAACGUUCCCAGAAGUUCAAACACUUGCUGUCUCAUGUAUGUUGACCAUAUAACAUUACAGGACCUCAUAAAAUACCAAGGUGUCAAAUGUGAAGUGUUGCAAGGAUACUAUUACGAUGGAAACAGAGAUAUGAGAAUAAGAGAUGAAGUAAAGAAGUUGUUUGAGUUAAGGUUAAAGUAUAAGAAAGAAGAAAACCCAUUACAAGAAAUUAUAAAACUCAUUCUGAACAGUAUCUAUGGCAAAACCAUUUUAUCUCCUAUUGAGUCAAAAAUAACCAUAGUAGAUGACAAAGAUGCUAUAAGAUAUGCUAUAAGAAAUUACAACCAUAUAGUGAAGUUCGAAGGUUUAGAUGGUUCCGAUAAGACUAUUUUCAAGCUAACGAAAAGCAUUUGCAGACACUUUAACUUUUGCCCCUUAGGUGUUAAUAUUCUAUCAAUGUCGAAGAGAAUAAUGAAUGAAGUAUUCUGUACUGCUGAGGACAUGGGUCUUCAAAUAUUUUACCAGGACUGUGAUAGCAUGCAUAUUUUCAAUGAAGACAUACCACGUUUAGCUCAUGAAUUUAAGAAGAGAUACGGUAGAGAACUUAUCGGUAAAACAUUAGGUCAAUUUCAUAGCGACUUUGCAGAAAUCACAAAAGGUAAACAAAGUUUAGCAUACAAGUCAAUAUUUUGUGGAAAGAAGACCUACAUAGACUUACUCACUAACGAUUUAAAUGAAGUUGCAUUUCACUGCAGAAUGAAAGGCGUGAAGCAAGAUGUUAUUGCUUUAACCGCUAAUGAAAUGUUUCCUGACUCUGUUCAGUGUUUCUAUGAUGAAGAUAAAGGUUUAAUGGUUCCGCAAGGAAAAUUUGACAAAGACUCUGAGUUCAGUGUUAUGAAGUUAUAUAAAGCACUUCAUGAUGGUCAAGAGAUUGCAUUCGACUUGUGUAAGUCAUGUCAACCUUGCUUUGCUGAAAAGUUUAACUUCUCAAUAACGACUAAAACAAGCUUUAUUCGUAAGUUGAAGUUCUGA